AUCAUCCUCUCUAACACUCGACCGAGUCCAAGAUCACACGAAACGAGAGGAUUUUACUCACAUCUACUCACGCCUCGCCGUUCUUGCAACUUGAAUCGAGCAGAAAUAAACCCAGCUCAACAUGUCUACCACAACUACCCCGUCCAAGCCCAACCGCAUCACCCCGGAAGAGCAGCUUCAAUUCCUCCUCAGCUGCAUCCGCCACUCUAACAGCGGCAAGAUUGACUUCACCGUCGUCGCACAAGAAUGCAAUAUCAUCACCAAGGCCGCUGCAGCCAAGCGCUACGAACGCCUCCUGAAAUCACACGGCAUCAACACCUCAGGCGGCCCACUCUCCUCUGCCAACAACACGCCCGCUAAGAAACGGACCGGGGCUAGUAGUACCAGCAAUACUACCGCUACAGAGAGCACGACUACAUCCACACCUACCAAGGGCAGAAAGCGCAAGGCCGAUGGCAUUAGCGAUGCAUCGAAGAAGGCCAAGGGGUUGAAGAAGAUGGCUGUCGCUAGAGCUGAGAGUUUGAUGCAGAAGAAGCAGCAUGCUGGUGUUGGGAUCAAGAAGGAGGAAGACGAUGAUGAAACCGAGGAGGAUGAGGAGGUGAGGGCGGCUUUGUGGGAGGAGGGACUCUCUGAUCGGGUUCAUGGUGAUGGUGAGGAGUUGGCUGUGAAGGAGGAGGCUAUGGAUGAUGAGGAGGGGGCUGAGGGCGAUGAUGUGGAGGUGGAUGAGGCUUGAGGGCUUUGCUUUCAAUUGCCCUGAAUUACUUGAUUGAUUGGUCGGUUGGGUGGAUGAUGCAAUUCAAGUUCAGGGGAGGAUGAGUUACUGGUUUGUCAAUGAUGGGGCAGAAGGAGGUUGGAUGCGCCGUGACUUUUACUUGCGGG